UCCCGUCCCUUGCUGCUCCAACUCGCAAGUGCCCUUCGUUCCCCUUACUUUUUCCCCUGUCCCGUUAAGUAAAAAAGAAGCAGUGAGUCGGUUGUGAUGAUUUGAGGAAUUGUGUGCUCGGAAAUUUUCUUCUCAGUGUAGAUAUUUGAUUUUUUUUCAAGUGUGAAGAGGAAGUAAUCUUAUAUGACGCCCUUUCAUGAAAAAAUUUGGUGUUUAAUACAAAAUGUGUAUUUUAUUUUGGCACGGUGUAUUUUUUGGAUUCUUCAGAAAGGAAAAAAGGUGAUGUGGUUGGAAGAAGAGCAGCCGACGAACGUGCAGCUGCGGCAUUCGGCCUCGUUCUCGUGCCUGCCGCGGCACAGGCCUCAUCGCACAAGGACGUCCACCCUCCCCGACACCGAUUACGGCUUCGUUCAGAGGUACGGCGCUCUUCCGGAAGAAGAGGAAGAAGCCGAACAGAAGAAAGACACCCUUAGAGAAGUAUUAAUAAAAAAGUCCGCCUCGUUACUUUCGCCCGGAGGAUGGUGGUCCAAAAGGCAAAAACGAGAAGACGAGAGCACGAGGAGGUGGAGGUCCCUCGGGGCACUGCUGAGAUCCGCGCCGCAGCCUCCGUCGCCCAGGGCCCAGUCGUUCUACCUCCUGGAAGACUUCCUCAAACCUCACACAAACUCUAGUUCGGACUCGCUGGAACUUUGCUCGCCUGUGCCACCCCCGGUUCCCCCGCCCCCACCGCCACUCAGAUACCUGGGAUACAGGAAAGUGUGCCAGUGCAGACAUUGCAGGAGGGACAGAGACAUAUCUGUGCUCGCAAAUGAUACGAGUCCCGGGGCGGUCCACCAGACUAAGGACGUUUUUGCCAAAUUCAACGUAGUGACGAAAACACAGCCGACGCCGCACAGCAAACUCAGAAAUGCAAUGCCGGCCAAAAGCUCGCAACCAGAGUUACCACCAUUGAAAAAUGUCAUUAAAGCUCAACUUCCACCAUCGAGCAAGCCUUCAACAAAGUCUGAUUCAUCUUCAAACUCAACACCAGUCCUCCCCCACCUAAAUGACAAUACUUCUCAACACAAUAACAACAACAACAAUAACAAUUAUCAAGAUAAGAGCCCACUAACUCCAAAUGAGGCGCUAAAGUACUAUGGAAGUCGACUAACACCAUAUGAACGGAUUGAAAUCCUCAACUUUGGAGAAAUAUGGUAUCUAGGAUUAGGAGCUUGCAAGAUCAAAGGGGAUAAGACAGCUGAUCGAAAUGGUGGAUACGAUGACGAAAAUGGGAGCUAUAGAAAGAUAAUGCGUGAUCAUUUAUGUUACCGGUAUGAAAUUCUUGAAAUCAUUGGAAAAGGUAGUUUCGGCCAAGUCAUUAGAGCAUUCGAUCAUAAAACACAUCAAUACAUCGCCAUAAAAAUAAUUAGAAAUAAAAAGCGGUUUCACCAUCAAGCUGUUGUUGAAGUCAAAAUUCUUGACCACUUGAGACAGAAGGACCAAGAUUCAUCUCACAAUGUAGUGCAUAUGCUUGAUUUCUUUUAUUUCCGUAAUCACUUAUGCAUCACUUUUGAGUUAAUGAAUCUGAACCUGUACGAACUGAUUAAGAAAAACAACUACCAAGGUUUUUCCAUCCCUCUUAUCAAGAGAUUUGCACAAUCGCUUGUCAAAUGUUUAAAACUUCUCUACGAAGAGAAUAUAAUUCACUGUGAUCUCAAACCUGAAAAUAUUUUAGUCUGCAGAAGAGGCAGCACUUCGAUUAAAGUAAUUGAUUUCGGCAGUUCCUGUUAUGUUCACCAAAGGGUCUAUACAUACAUACAGUCACGGUUUUACAGAAGCCCUGAGGUCUUAUUGGGCUUGCCUUACAAUACAGCUAUUGACAUGUGGAGUUUAGGCUGCAUAUUGGCUGAGCUGUACACAGGGUAUCCUUUAUUUCCUGGUGAACAUGAAGCAGAACAGCUUGCAUGCAUUAUGGAAUUGUUAGGAGUGCCUCCUGAAGACCUUUUGUUAAAAGCGUCCAGGAAAAGAUUAUUUUUUGACUCCAGGGGCAAUCCAAGAAGUUACUUCAACAGCAAAGGAAGAAAGCGAAUACCUGGAACACUCACACUUGCUUUAGCUAUUCGCUGCAACGAUAAACUUUUUGUUGACUUUAUUUCAAAGUGUUUAUGUUGGGAUGCCAACAAGAGGCUUGUCCCAGAAGAAGCGAUGAGGCAUGAGUGGUUGAAAUCAUCGAGUACAAGCAGCAACAGUGUUAGUUCGACGGAGGUGAAGAGAUCAGCUUCCGCUGUGAGCCAACAACAGACGAAGUUGGUUUACUACUCUUCAUAUAAGCCUAGUGAGGUGCACACCGAUGAUCCUCUCUAUCAACAUCUUAUAUGAGUAGAGAACAGCGACUCGCACCCGAAAAAAAUUUGACUGAGCUUCCUCUAAGAAAAGAAUAAUGCUGCGUCCUUACGAUGCGACCAUGAUCUCAUUAUCGGGAUUUAAACAAACCCUCCCGUCUGAUCGUGCGGUGAUAAAUCUCGACUUUUAGAAUUCUCAAGAUGAUAUUAUCUGAGAAAAUGUGUGAUACUGUUUUAAUCUAUAGAUGUUAGGUGUUCUGAAAUUAUGGGCUCGGUGCCGAAUCUAGGAAUUUACACUAGGGCCCAUUUAUAGUUUAAAUGGUAUGUUGUAACCUUAUAAUAUAGGUAAACAAGGAAAAAAUCGUGAUUUACUAUAUCUUUGAUACACUGAUUGGUUAGUCAACCUUUUUUUAUAAUUUAUUACUUAAUCGUUUGGCCUUGAUAUAGGGUUUAAGAUAUCUAGUGAAUAUGGUUUUGUAACAACUAGUAACGUAGGGUUUUUAAUAAGUCAUAUUACUCUAAGAAACAAAAAGAGUAUUUUUUUCAUUGAUCUAAUUUUUUAAAGUAAUUAUUUUCUGACAAUCACCAUGAUCAAUUAUAACUUUAAAAUGUUUAUUACCGUGGUAGAUUUUAAUUGCACUCACCAUUUCUUUUAUAUAUUAUAUGUAUUUUUUUUUUAUUUACAUACUUCUAAAAUGUACCAUUGUAAAGAAAAUUAAGUGCAGACCACAUUUCAAGUACUGUACAUAGUAGAUAAUAAAGAUGAAUGUUAUAUUAGUAUGUUGUAAAUGUACUAAUAUGUAAUUUAAAACUUGUAAUAUAAUAGCGGAGAAAAGGAAAGUAACAUAAACAUAGCUUCCAUCUUUAAUUAUUGUAAAUUGUUUUGUGUUCAGAUGCUCAAGUUAUUAAGAACAAAUUAAAUAAUGAGAACGAU